GGCGGCGGCGGCAGCGGCUGCGGGAACUUCGGCGGCGGCGAUCCUAAUGGCUGCGCGCGGGCCGCGGUGAGGCGCGGGCGGAGAGCGACGGGCGCGGGUCCGCGGAGCAGCGAGGGCGAGCGAGCGAGCGCGCGCGCGGCCGGACCCCGGCCAGGCCCGGCCCGACCCACCGAGCCCGCGAUGCGCCCCGGGGCCGCCCCCCGGCGCAGCUGACGCCGCGGCCCGCGGAGACCCCAACCGGCCGGCCCCGCGCGAGCGGCCGCCGCCGGCCCAGGCCACGAUGGCGGGGAAGGCGGCCGCCCCGGGCACCGCGGUGCUGCUGGUCACGGCCAACGUGGGCUCCCUCUUCGACGACCCAGAAACCCUGCAGAAGAACUGGCUUCGGGAGUUUUAUCAGGUCGUGCACACGCACAAGCCGCACUUCAUGGCGCUGCAUUGCCAGGAGUUUGGAGGGAAGAACUACGAGGCCUCCAUGUCCCACGUGGACAAGUUCGUCAAAGAGCUGCUGUCCAGUGACGCCAUGAAGGAGUACAGCCGUGCCCGCGUCUACCUGGAUGAGAACUUCAGGUCCCAGGAGCACUUCACGGCAUUAGGAAGCUUUUAUUUUCUUCAUGAAUCCUUAAAAAACAUCUACCAGUUUGACUUUAAAGCCAAGAAGUAUAAAAAAGUCACGGGCAAAGAGAUCUACUCGGACACGCUGGAGAGCACGCCCAUGCUGGAGAAAGAGAAGUUUCCGCAGGAUUACUUUCCCGAGUGCAAGUGGUCCAGAAAAGGCUUCGUUCGGACACGGUGGUGUGUCGCAGACUGUGCCUUUGACUUGGUCAACAUCCAUCUUUUUCAUGAUGCUUCCAAUCUGGUCGCCUGGGAGACGAGCCCCUCGGUGUACUCGGGGAUCCGGCACAAGGCCCUGGGCUACGUGCUCGACAGAAUCAUCGACCAGCGAUUCGAGAAAGUGUCCUACUUUGUGUUUGGCGAUUUCAACUUCCGGCUGGACUCCAAGUCCGUGGUGGAGACUCUCUGCACGAAGGCCACAAUGCAGACGGUGCGGGCCGCUGACACCAACGAGGUCGUAAAGCUGAUAUUCCGUGAGUCGGACAAUGACCGGAAGGUGAUGCUUCAGCUGGAAAAGAAACUCUUUGACUACUUCAACCAGGAGGUUUUCCAUGACAACAACGGCACCGCGCUCUUAGAAUUUGACAAAGAGCUGUCUGUUUUUAAGGACAGACUGUAUGAACUGGACAUCUCGUUCCCUCCCAGAUCCUGGGUGGAAAUUCUCAUCACUCUGGCAUGUUCUGGGCAACUGUAACACAGGCAUGGGCGUGUCCUGGGGACACGUGGCACCCUGUCAUCAGACAGAAUAGCUCUGCUCCUAGAACAGGCUCAGAAACCAGACGGUCUUUCAUGCACGCUCUGUGAGGGCCCCAUCCCUGCACCACAUUCAGCAGUCGCACGUGUGAAGGCUGGCAGGACCCCCAGUCCAGCACAUGGGACUUCCAGCUGCUCGUGGGAAUGGGCUGGUGUCCCUCUGACCUCAGGGUCCAGGCUCUGGCCAAGGGGGCUGCGGUGCGAGUUGUAGGGGGAAGACUGGUAGGGACUGUGAGUCUGGGACAGCCAGGAACACAGCAGGACCAGAGGCACAUCCCCAGUGGCUCCCAUCCAUGGACUGACCAAGGGUGUCCCCCUCAGAGCCCCAACCCUGCUUCACAGGUUGUCACCUGCAGUCAGACGCACGUCAGGUCCGCCUGAGGUCCAAAGAGGUUCUGAGGGUUUGUGAGCCUGCUUCUCCCUGGGUGUGGUAGGCCGGAUGUCCUGAAUGGCAGCCCCUAUUGGAAAAACUCGAGGAUCUCCUUUUUGGGCUUUGCUGAGCUGGAGAGGACGGAGGCCUGGGGACCCUCUCGGGCAGAGGCUACGACCCUAUGGACACGUGGACCCUGCGCUGGUGUCUGCUUCUUGAGUUUCUCUUAAACCUUGCCACCUUGCAUGUCACUUGGGCACAGACCACGGAAGAUGCCAGCAGGACGUGGUCAAGGCCAGAGCCCGCGGGACCUGGUGGCCAGUGCCCCAGGGGGUGUGAGCAGCAAGCCCGCCACCAACACGGGCAGCAGAGAGAUCCGCCUACCUAUACCCGAACCGUCAAGAGUCUGGGAGGACAAGUCAGCCCUCACCCACGUCGGGUAAUGGGGUCCUGGCUUGGGGGUCCCUGGACUGAUGUUACCUGGUGAGGAAAGCACAGGCCUCCCUGGGGGGUAGCGGUGACUUAGCCACGGCCGUGAAACCCUGCCUACUUGUCGGGUCCUCUUCGCCCCCGGACAGGAGAAGGUGGUGACCUGGUGCCGUUGGGGGAGGCGCUUGAGAAAGCUGCCUGUGUGUGUUGGGCAGCAGGGUACCUCCGACCGUUUUCCCCAGGACUCCCUAGGUGGGCUGUAUGCACAGGGGGGUCACCCUGCCCUCCUCGAGGUCCGUGAGGUGCCGGACACAGCUGCUGCGCGCAGAUCUCCGCGGGGGUCGCUUGGCUCGGGCGGUGGAAAAAUGGCCCAGACCUGUGCCUGCCCCAUCCCGUAUGCCGUGGCCACAGGGACCCGCGGCAGGGUGCUGUCCUGGGCCGUGCAGGUCACAUCGGCGAGACCCAGGAGUCCUGGGAGCCCGUAGGAGCAGAGCACUCACCCUGGCUGGGGACAGGAGUGGUGACAGGAGGGGACGCCGAGGUCUUACCAGUCCUGGCUUCACGGGUGCAAACACUGGCUGGUUAAGUCAUCAAAUACUUUCCCUUUAAUGAGGGAGUAAGAGUGUAAUUCCUCGGAGGAAAGGUGGAAGCUUUCUAACCAAACCAGCAUCGCUCGACCACCAGAGCCCAGCUUCCAGAGACCCUAGUGAGCUGCCGGGUCACCACGCCUCCCCCGCCGCCCGGGCCACCAACCCUCCCCCUCCAAGCCUGCCAUCCCAGUCACCCACCCCUCCCCUGCUGUUCGGGUCACCCCCUCCCCCACUGCCUGGAUCACACCAGGCCCCCUCCUUUGACUGUCUUGUCUUUGGAAACAAGGCCUGUGACCAGAGCCCCAGGGGUGGUCAUGUGGGGUUUGGAGAGCCGCCCCAGACUGUGGGAGGAGUUUACACAGCAGCAAAGUCCAGGAAAAGGACAAGUGAUGAGGGGUGAUCAGAGGCUUGGUACCUGCUGGAUAUUUGCUGAUGGUACCGUGAGAUAAGUGGUCAGGCAUGCUGUGUGUGCACAUGUGGGUGUGCACGUGUGUGUGCAUAGCGGUGUGUGAGCUCACAUGCAGAUGUGUAUGUGUGUGUGGGCGUGUACGCAUGUAUACGGGGAUGUAUAUUCACCCCUGUGCACUGCGUAGCCCCAUGUGCCGGUGAGCAUGUAGGUGUGAGUCACGUGCAUGUGUGUGCGUGUGUGUGCAGAGCAUAUGUGCGUGGGUUGCACGUGUGUAUAGAGUCUGCGCAUGCCUGGCUGUCUGCAUGGGUUUGGGUGUAUGUACAUGGGGUGUGUGGACGUGUUAAUAGAGACUCGGUGUACACGUGGCUGCGUGGGUGCACUUCUGGGUAUGGGGUGUGUGAGUGCAUCAUAGUGUGGGUACGGGUUGUGUGUGCGUGUAUGCAUGGAUGCGGGUGAGGCCCCUGUGUGUGUGCGUGUGCACAAGUGUGCACGCGGAAGUGCGUCCACGCGGAGUCUGUGCAUCUGGCGUGCGUGCAUGUGGGGGGGUGUGCAUCCAGGCAUGCAUGUGCAGGCGUGUACUUGGACAUAUGUUGCCUGGGUGUGUGCACGGGUGUGUGUGUGUUGCUGGGGUGUGUGAACAGCCCAGAAGACCUCACCCCACACAUCUCCAUUUUAAGAGAACGGCUUUUCACUUUGGGGGCUGCUCUGCGUCGGCCGUGGGACCCGUCAAGGCACCCUGUGUGUUCUCCGUGGCCCCGGUGGCACUCGGGACAGACUUCUGCUCCCUUCUCGCUGCCAGGCUCCCAGGACUUUCUGGAAGGGGGCUGAGCCCGUGCGGCCGUGGCUGCCUCAGGCUACCCUGCAUCUGGUCUCGGUGAGGCCUCAGAAACCGGGACCACGGGGCUUGUCGUCCGAGGGCAUCCGCCUGGUCCGGGGGGCACGGUGGGAACGCGGGCCUGGAGCGGCUGCUCCUGGUUUUCAGAGCCUUUCUGCCCCCUGUCCACGUGGUGAGGGCCUCGCACACAGAUGGCAUGGGCUGGGCCUCCCUGAAGGCCCCUCCCAUAGCACCGUGCAGAGCGGGACGGUCCCCUGGGGCGGCACACCGAGACCAGAGCCGGCCCAGGCAGUGGGUUUCGGUGUGUGUCAGCACAGCACACCUGUGAGCUCACAGACAUUUCGUCAGUAGAUGGGCCUUGUCGGGAGAGAGCAACUUCACAGAGACAUCGGUCACCGUUCCCCACCAGCUAACGGAACCUCACUCCCAACGGACUAGAACUUAACGCCAUAAUUUGCUAGAAAAGGUGCUAAUACUUCAGAUGUUUAUGGAGCCAUCUGCUCUGUUCUCCACUGAGGGCUCAGCGUGAUGGCACCUUCAUGAGAGUGACCGCCCAGUGGUGACGGUCAAGAAGCAGAGUGCCUGCGGCCUGGCUGGAAUGGGCCCAACUGGAGGGCCCAGCCCUGCACUCCAUGGUGGCACUGUCCCCACUAGCAGGUCAGGGACAGCACCCACCCCCAGAUGGUGGUCUGUGAUGCCAGAUGGUGUGUCCCUGGGCCCCCAGCGGCUCACCAUGAGCACAAGCUGCUACGUGUCUGUGACCCGCUAGUUCCUGGCUGCUGGAAGGGGUCUCUUGCCCACAUGCACACUGGCCACAUCACCAGCCAGGCCUCAGAACGCCAGAUGGUACACAUGUUCCAGACGUUGGCACGUGCCGGACGGCACAUCCCUUGGGGCCACUGAACAGAGCACCGUUGACCAUGGCACGUAGGCACCCGGGGCCCAGGCACGUCCUCCAAAGCUCCGGGUUUUCCUUGAAAGCUUGAGUUUUGUCAUUGACAACAAAUACACUUGGAUAUCUACGUGGAGAGGGAAAAUGACUCAUUUCAUCACUUCUUGAGAAACUCCCCCCCCCCCGAUGCUCAUGUCUGAGUGACAACGGUCUCCGCUUUUCUAGCAAAACAAAGAUACUCCACAGAAAUGAACUGGAACGCCCACCAGCAGAGCGCGGUGUGUGUCCAUCUCAUCCCGCCGCACCUCGGAACGGCGUGCCUCCCAGGCUGGGCAGUCUGUGCAGUGGCCGUGGGUUUCUUAGUGUGAUGCCUGCCACAGUCCUCCGUGCCGCAGGCCACUGCUUCUGUCCGCCCACGCAACUGCAGAGCCGGGAGGGCGGCACACGGUGUGUCAGGGGACUGUACCUUCCAGCCCUGCCUGGAAGGGAGCAGGGACCCCGGGGCUCCGCACGGCACACUCCAAGGCCAGCCAGAACCUGGAAGGAGCCAGAACGUGCACGAUGGCGGGAUGGGUUCUCGCUGCUGGAGGAGAGCGUCACACAACGGCGGGCACCACAGACUGCGUCCUGCGAGCAGAUCUGAAGUCAUGCCGUGCCCGAGGGAGCCACGCGUGGGUGCCUCCCGCCCUCCCGCAUUCGUGGGACCAGUUGGCGGCUCUGGGGUCACGAUCCUUGACUUUCCAGGCAGUGGCAGAGGGUUGGCAGGGUCCGUAGGUGUUGUGCGGUGGGUACAUGGGCCCUGCCCCUGUGCAACACUGUGCGAAGUCGAUUGCGAGCUGAGGAAAACGGGAAAGGCCUGGAUCUGCUCCUCAAAGCUCUGGCAGGAAUUUGCUUAUUUAGGGAAAGUUGGAUGGGGACAGUCAGUCACAUGUUCCCAAAGGCAGACAACAUCCACGGCGGGAAGGAGACCUUUUUACCGAUCAAACGGAUUACAGAAUAGGACGAAGUUGUAGCUUUUGGAAAGGAUGAAAGUUAAACAUGCCGCGGGGCCUGCGGGGGGGCCGGCUGUGCCCAUGGGGGCAUUCGGUUUUCCGUUAAGGGUUAAGAGGCUCUUUUCAACUUUGUUCUGGGCUGUUACCUCAACUCCAGCCGCCCGUGGUUCCUGUCUGCCGUGAUGUGUCGGGUUGUGACGUUAGGAUGAGAAGGGGCACAGUCUGCCAUCUGCCAGGCCUGGUGAUUGGGAAGGAGCCAGGAUGUCUGUCUGUCCCACUGGCCGCGGGGUCCUGGUUGGACGUGGCCCACACAGGGGCGCCGGUGGGCGUCAGAGGAUGGGCACGGCGGAGGUGAGCUACUCGGGAAAGCCUGCCGCGGGGCGCAGGGCCGUGCCCAGGGGCCGGGGUGGUCCUUGCCGCCGACCCCUCCCCCGGACGGCUCAGUGCUACCGCGGCGCUGCUCAUUUGGCCCAACCAUCCUUCGGGCUCCUCCCCUGUCUUUUCCAGGAAUGUCAGUACCGGGCGGCAUCUGGGGACGCCGGGGUCCCGAGUGCUCUUGCUCUGACAGGCCCUGUCAACACCGCCGCGCCCUGGGUCUGCGGCCACUCACGCAGGCGCUGUCCUCCGGCAGGGCUCCAAGGAGGGACUUCCAUCCCUGGGGCAGCACCCUGCCCCGCCACCCGCACUGGGGAGAGCAGGUGCACAGUGUGCCGGUCAGGCUGGUGGUUCACCUUCCGUUUCCUCCUGCGCCCGGCGGCCCCACCGGCGGCCGGCCCUGUAGACGUAGGCUGGCACACACAGCCGGGCUUUGUGCCUCCCAGGCUGUGGUGUUGAGGGCCGCGUGCUUGAGGACAGGUGGGCGAUCGUUACUUUAUCACCAGCGGUUAUGGCGGCUCUCCCCCACCGUGGGAGCACGGGCUGGGUGCUUGUCCCGUGUCCCCAGCCCGCCAGGGUUUGCUUUCAGGUAAGCGUGCAGGCACGGCGGGCAUCCGUCACUGUACGAUCUGGAGGUGUGCGGAUUGCAGACCCGCAGUGUUGGGCCCGGUGCCCUGUGCUUGCCGAUGGGGCCCACACGUAUGCUGUGGGAGGAAGGACAGGGAGCCGCCCGGCCCCCUCCUCCGGCCCCGGGGCUAUGUGGGGAGGGCAGUGCACCCACCAGCAGGACAUCUCGGGACCGGCCGCUUGCUCCUUCCAAGUCAACUGUGUUCACACUGGACUGUGGCAGUGGGUCCUGCCGGCACGAUGGGCUGGGGCCCGCCGAGGGGUCUCCUGUCAUCUCUACAGCAUCAGGGGCAUAGCUGAGCGUUGCAGGUGGCAUCUGAGCACGUGGCCUUCAUCCCGUUUCCAGGCUGCAUCUGAGCCUGGACGACUGGCUGUCGCCUGGCAGAGGGCCCCCACCCAGCAGCUGCCCGCCCGUGGCCGCCCUCACCCCUGACCUCUGCCCCCAGCCAGGGCUCUCGUCCCAUGACUCAGCACGUUGUCUGGAAACUGGGGUUGAUCCGUGUGGACUCCCGGCUCACAGGCAGCACGUUCCGGAGACAGUCUGCCGCCGGCCUGGGCACGUUUCCCAGGCAAGGUUGUGCGUGCGAGGCCAGCAGUCCCGGCGGGCUGGUGUCGCUCCCUCACGGUCACAGCUGGGCCGGGUGGCCCCACUUUCCCUGCAGAGGACUCUGUCCACGCAGGAUGCCGUUAGACGGGGGGGCUGGGUCGGUUUUGUUUUUAAGCAUAUUUGCUGCUUUGAGUCUUUAAUCAAGUGAAGCGGUGACUCCCUGAGAGGUGGGGACCCUCGGCCCCUGUUUCUGGUGAAUCUGGGGGACCCCCGGUGGGACGGGGUGAGGCCAGGAGCCCUUCGCUCCGGACAGCGUCAUGUUCUACAGAGCCUGAUAGUUGCCGCGGGAUGUGGGUCUUGAGCAGCGGGACGGGCCAGGGUCCCCACAGACCAGGUGCCGCCACCGCCCCUCUCCCCAGCAGCGAGCAACGGGGAAGCGAAGCGGAGAACAAGCUUAUUAUAAUAAUAUAAUUAUAAUUCUACUAUAUAAUUUGCAAUGGACCUAGAAGCAGAUUAUUACAAGGAGUAGUUUAGACCCUAGGAUGGCUGUGCGAAACGCAGCCCGGACACGCAGACACGCCGCGCUGGCGUGGACGCAGCAGCCACCACGACACGCCUGCCCCGCCGGCUCGCUCUGAGGUCCUUGGCCACCACUUCAGUCAGUGCCAGCGCGUGCACUUGGGGUGAGGCCAGUGGUUCUCAGGGACCGAGGAGGCCCGCCGGCCCACAGGGUGGUCCCAGGGCGUUCUGGAAAUAGGAGGAAGCCGCCCGGAGGGGGCCUGCUGGCGGCACCCCGCACACUUCUCGCCCACGCUUGGGUCACUUGCCUAUUAGGGGGUUAGCUGUGGUGACUCUGUCCCCAGGCGACCGUCAGGGCCUCUCCCAGGGGCUAAGCCGUGUUGGGGGUCAGGAAGGGGUGCCUGUGUGGCCAGAGCAGCGUGUCCGGGACAGUCCCAGGCCAUGCCACAGCGAUGAACCCAUGGCCCGGGCACCAGGCACUUGCCAACACCAGAUGCUGUGGUGGAGCAGGCUUGGGUCUGGGCACGGGGAGGGGGCGCGGGGAGAAGGCGUACACCCGCGUCAGACCCCCACUUCCAGAGGCUUCCCUGGAGCCAUGAGGGGACAUCUGGGUGAGAGUCGCGCAGCGGCACCCCUGCAUUCUCAGGCCACGCGUUCGGCCACCCCCAGGACACAGGUGGGGAAGGAGGCCCGUCUGUGCACUGACCACGUCCAAAACUAAAACCACAAUGUCCUAGAUGAUGCCCCUGGUUUGUCCCAAGAUCCACUGCAGCUAAAAUUCAAGUGAGAACUUGGAUUUGCGGGUUUGACUUUGUGUUCUGGAAACUUAUCUACGUUGUUUCCUUGCCUCCAUGGCGCUGGCCACUCUGCGUGCGUGGGAAGAGCCACACGGCCCUCCCCGGGGCCUUGGGGGACAGUGGGAGGUGGGGCCGCAGCCGGACGCUGACCAGGCGCCCUUGUGUC